AGAAGAACCCCUUGAAUAAUUAGCAAUUAUCAUUUAAAAUAAGCUUGAUAUCUUGGCUUGAUAUUGUACUGUGCCUGUUAGAACCACGAUUCUUCCUGAGAUUACUUAAACAAUUAGUGUGGAUUGUUUAUAUUUUUAAAGGAUGUCGAAUCUUUCGACAAAUGGUAGGGCUGUUAUGAGCAGCAUGGAUUAUCAGAAUCACACGAACUCACGCCCAAAAUUUCAACCGAUACGUGUAAAGGAAUUAUUACAUUUUUAUGAAAGUGAUGAUGAUGAGAGUGAAGAUAAACCACAAGAUUCUGAUACUGAAUCAGAUUCCGACGAACCUCAGCCUUUAUCUCAAGAUGAUAGUAUUGAAAAUCAGUCGAAUAAGUCGUUAACUUUACCUAAAACAGAAUUUGAUAAUAAUGUACAAUCAACUUCUGAAGCUUUACCACUGACUGCAACUAAGAACCUUGUUGAUUCUUCUUUAUGUUUAAAAUCAUCUGAAAAUGACCAUAAUGCAAAAAAUGAGAAACAUGGAAAAUGUGAGCAAUCAAGUCAUACUCAAUUACAUUGUGAAAAUGCUUUUGCACAAGAGAAAACAUUUCAGAGUGAGCAUAAAACUAAACAUGUUGCUACUGCAGAUAUUAGAACAAAAUCAAAUGAAGAACAGGCUUGUAAAAGUGACCGUCAAUCUAUGAAUAAAUAUAAUUCUUGUAAAGUAAAUGAACUUGAAUCUUCAGUUUUUGCAUCUCAAAAUUUGGAAAAUUUACAGCAACCUGGAACAUGUACGUUACAGAAUACAAACAUGAAAAUGGAAAUAUUAGACACAAAGGCAACAAUAACUAAACAUAAAACACACCAUGAAAAUGUUUCUUCUAAUAAAUCAGACAGUGGUACACUAAUAAAUUCCUCUGAACAGUUGGCAGUAGAAACACCUAUGAAACAUGUAUCACAUGGUUCUUCACGUCCAGAUCCAUGUUUCUCUCGUAGAAAUAUUGUUCAAACACCACAAAAUAAACUGUCUGAUGUAUCAAAGGGUCUUGGAUUGACACCAGUUACAACCUCGUGUCACUGGAUGCAAAGUAACAUUAAACAAACUCCAUUGCAAAGUACAAAUAUUAACUACAAAGACAGUAUGCAGACACCCAAGAAUUCUAUUUACUUUGCUACAAGCAUGGUAAAACAGGAAACUCCAAGGUAUUUGAGUACAGAAUGUAAAGUAAGACAACCUUUAGCAGAUACAGGAAGCUUUACACAUAAUAAUAUCUCAAACAGACGUUUGCUACAAGGAUCACAACUCUCCAAAGUAAAUGAAAAAACACCUAAAGUUCAAGAUAAAUUGUCUGACAAAAAUUUAAACCACCGAACAAGUAUCAACAGACAAAUACUUGAAGCAUCAGAAAAUCCUGCACAAUUCUUCAAAGUAAAUGAAGAAAUGCCUAAAGUUCAAGAUAAAUUAUCUAACAAGAAUUUAAGCCAUCGAACAAGUGUAAAUAGACAAAUACUCGAAACAUCUGAAAAUCCUACACAAUUGGAAUCAGAUGUUAAUGAACAAUUAAAGGAAAAUAAGUAUCCACAUGGAGAGGAUAAAGAAACAAUGGCACAGAAAAAAAUAUCAGCUCAUAAACACAUUACUCAUUCUAAUGAGGACAGCAAGGAUGCUUUGAAACCUGUAUGCAAUGAUCCUCAAAAUCAGUAUCCAGUGGCGAAUAAUCAAAGUCAACAGCAACAAUCAAACAGAGCUGCAGGUACUGCGGCAACUGUACAGUUUUCCAUGCCAUCUAAUGUUCCCAUAUCAAAACAAACCAGAACUGUUUUUGUAAAAGGAAAAGAGUAUUUGAUUUUGGGUUCGCUUGGUCGGGGAAUGAGCGGAGAUGUUUUAAGAGUGCAAGAUUUAACUUCUCUUGAACUAUGUGCCAUUAAGUGUGUUAAUCUUAAUCGUAUGGAUAAGGAUUCAGCACAAGGUUGUUUAGAAGAAAUAUCAAUGCUACAUAAAUUACAAGCACCGUGUGUUGUUAAAAUGUUUGAUUACGAAAUUAAGUAUCCCAUGGUGUAUGUGGUAAUGGAAAUGGGGGAUACAGAUUUCAGUCGUCUUCUAAAAACGAUGUCGCAAGAGAGACAUAUUCCUCUUACAAUGAUUCUUUAUUAUUGGACAGAAAUGUUAACAGCUGUUAAACAUAUACACGAUAAUGGGGUAAUUCAUUCUGACCUGAAACCUGCAAAUUUUUUAUUAGUAAAGGGAAGACUAAAGCUUAUUGAUUUUGGAAUUGCUUCCAGUAUGAAUGCAGACAUGACGUCUGUUGUAAAAGACUGUCCCAUAGGUACUUUAAAUUACAUCAGUCCAGAAGCUCUAAUGGACACAGGAGGAAAUUCAGAUUCUCCCACUCACAAUGUUAAAUACAAAAUUACUUUCAAGUCAGACGUGUGGUCGUUAGGAUGUAUAUUGUACAGUUUAGUGUACGGUCAUACACCGUUUCACCAUAUUCGUUCACAAUGGGCUAAAGUGAAUGCGAUUACUAAUCCGAAACCAAACAUCUCCUUUCCUGCAACUUUGCCAGCGGGAGAGGGUGAUAAAGUUAUAUCUUCGCCACCGAUUUUAAUUGAUGUGAUGCGCAGAUGUCUUCAACAUGAUCCAAAAACACGGCCAACAGUGGCCGAGCUUUUGCAAGUAGAAUAUGUACCUACUACACAAGGACGUAGAUUAACACAAAUGCCAAACAUUCCAGCAAACCUUUUGGUGAAAAUAAAACACGCAUUACACGAAGAUGAAUGGCGACAAUUAACACGGGUUCUGGAAAACAGACGGCAUACAUAACACUAUCUUGAUUAAGUACUGCUAAUUAUGUACAUAAACUUUUUAUACAUAACAAUCGGCAAUAAUACGUAGGGUGCUUAUUUAAGUGUAUUAUAGUAAGGG